AUGACCGAGUUCACCAUUUCCUCCAUUCGAGCCGUUGUUGCUCGCGAACCCAGCGCCACUCCUGGCGCCGCGCCCUCCGCCUCGGGUGUGAUUGAUCUUACGCCGGUUAAGGAGGAAGUGAAGCCGGAGCCUGUUGACACCCUUCCCCCGGCCGGUGAUGUGGCGAUGCGUGGUGACGCUGAUCGUCGCAGUGUCGAGAUCGUCAACCCGCGGGCUAGCGUUGAAGCUGUCGAACCCGCUCGUGUUGCUCGGCACGCAAUGUCCUCGCUUCGCAUUGCUCGUGCACGCAGUCGUAGUCGCUCGGUGCAUCCCUACGUUCGACCUGCUCCGCUCGUGCGCGCCCCCACGCCAGCUGCUCGUCCUGCGCCUCUGAUGCGUACUCCUACACCUGCUCCUCGCCUGCCUCGUCUGGCUGGCAUCCAAGUCGAAGACGAAGUGACGCUCGUCGCUACGAACCACGCUGCUAUGCUGCGCAAUGCAGCCGCUACAGCUCGCCAGGCAGUUCGAGACCAACGCCGAGAACGUAGUACCCACCGCGAUACCGCCAUGACUCGGGUGUCGAUCGAGGUGGCCAACGGAAGUGUCAUCAGCAAGACCUUCCUCGUGCCGACGGGUGCUGUGACGGCAGGAAAACUCGAGAUGGUCGCAAAUCAUCUGCAAGCCGCAGCCGAAAGAAAGCUCGGUGGCACUCGCCUCCCCCGCGCCAUGCCGAGGAACUAA